CGGGUUUCCGACCUGGUGUUUCGAGUCCCCUGUCUUUUCACACCCCCCAAAAGUAGAUUACGACGGUCUACUGCGAUCCGACGGUGUUAAACCUCGUCCUCUCUCCAUAACCCUUCCCUCCCCUCGCCAGCAUCCGCCGUUCGGACGACCGGCUGGAUUUCUCUCCUCAUCAUGUCGACUCCCUCCACCGCCACCGCGACACAUCCUACGCAUCACCAGCAACACUACGGAUACCCUCACCACCCGCCCUACCAACCGAACCCUUCGUAUCCGACCACGUCCGCUGCGGCCACCUCUCGCCUCGCCACCACUUAUCCCUACGCCGUCAAUCCGGCAACGGCCUCCUUGCCGUUCACGCAAUCUCCAAAGAUCGUCUCGGCGGCUCCCACGCCGACAACCACGGCAACCAUGGCCCCGACCCACAAUGGUAUCAGCGCGAGCACUGCCCCAACGCAGUCCGGAAGGAGGAAAAAGCCAGAUUGGGGCGAAUUCUACAAGAACGGCAUCCCCAAGGAAGUCAUCGUCAUCGAUGAUACCCCGCCGCCGGAGCAGUCCAACGGCGGCUCCUCUCGCAGUUUCGCGACGACAUCCACUGUGACGGCGGCCCCCAGCGGCAAUUUGCCUCAGCCCGCGGGAAAGAAGCGGCGCACCGGAGUCGAGACAGCAUACGAUGUAGGAUAUUAUGAUCGUCCAUCAUUUUCGAUCAAUCCUCAGCAUUAUGGAGAAGAUUCGUCGGCUACCUCGAUUUCAACGGAUCGGACGACGUCGUUGCAAACAACGGCGCCGACCUCGCUCUCGCAGGGAAGCUCUGGUGCGAGCAAUGGUGUUUACUACGAGGAUGCCAAUAUUGGCCAAAAACGGAAACGGGUGACCACCCGAAAAUCUGUUCGAGAUGAGCAGAAACGGCGAGAGUUGGAGAAUGCCGGCGAUGCGUUCUUGAAUUACAUCCCACCUCCCAAGCCGAUCAUCAAGGCGAAAGAUGUUCCAGUGCCUGUAGUCCGGGAUUACGCAAACCGAGGAGAAAAGUUUGAUGACGAUGAUGGCCAUUAUGUUGUAACGUCAGAUACCCCGUUAACAGACCGAUAUUCAAUCAUCAAGCUCCUUGGACAGGGGACAUUUGGGAAGGUGGUUGAAGCGUAUGAUAAGCAGCGGAAGACUCGCUGUGCAGUCAAGAUCAUUCGUUCCAUUCAAAAGUAUCGUGACGCGUCACGGAUUGAGCUUCGAGUGCUGUCCACUUUGGCUUCGAAUGACAGACAAAAUCGGAACAAAUGUAUCCAUCUGCGCGAUUGCUUUGACUAUAGGAACCACAUAUGCAUCGUCACCGAUUUGCUUGGGCAAAGUGUAUUUGACUUUCUGAAGGGCAACGGCUUCGUUCCAUUUCCCAGCAGCCAAAUCCAAAACUUUGCUCGUCAGCUUUUUACCAGCGUGGCGUUUCUUCAUGAUCUGAACCUCAUUCACACUGACCUAAAGCCCGAAAAUAUUCUCCUUGUUAGUAAUGCAUAUCAAACAUUCACGUACAAUCGCACGAUCCCAUCAUCGUCACACGCAAUCUCCCGCAGCGCGCGUCAAAGGCGUGUCCUGUUGGAUAGCGAGAUUCGUCUGAUUGAUUUUGGAUCCGCCACCUUUGAUGACGAAUAUCACUCCUCUGUCGUCUCCACCAGACAUUACCGGGCGCCUGAGAUUAUCUUGAAUCUCGGCUGGAGUUUCCCGUGCGAUAUAUGGAGUAUCGGAUGUAUACUGGUUGAGUUCUUCACCGGUGAUGCUCUUUUCCAGACCCAUGAUAAUCUAGAACACCUUGCCAUGAUGGAGGCCGUAAUAGGCGACCGGAUUGAUACUCGACUCGUGAGACAAGUGAUGCAAGGCGGUCGGAGUGGGAGCCAGAACCAGUCAUCUAAAUACUUCAAUCGCAACAAGCUCGAUUACCCUAACGACGAAACUACUCGUGCCUCACGGAAGUACGUGAGGGCGAUGAAACAAUUGACUGUAUGUCCUUGGUCAUCUAGCUCGCUUGCGGGAUCUGUGCUAAUUCUCGCAGGAUUUUAUUCCCACCACUACCAAGUUCCACCGUUUGUUCCUGGAUCUUCUCCAGCGCAUUUUCGUUUAUGACCCCAAGAAUCGGAUCUCCGCCAAGGAGGCUCUGAAGCACCCAUGGUUCAAAGAAUCACUCGUGGAUGAUGGCACCGAAGCUCUGCGGAUCGGGGAACAGUUGCAGCGCAACACCCAACGCCGCUAGGCUGCCUUUCCCAUGACCGGGUAUCUUUAUAGCGAACUCUCGUCGUGGGGUUGAUCUCGGGUCGAUA